AUGACCUCACUCGUUUCCACCAAGGCCAGAAUCGACUUGACGCGCAAAACUCAAGUAGCUGUGCAACGUAAUGCCAAUGUCUUCAUAUGGCUGCCCUCUCACUGCAUAGGCUGUUUUAACGAUGCUGAAAUUGGUCCCGUUACUGCUAAGACACUGUUGAGAUGGAUCAGGGUAUACUUCAUAGCUGCAUCCCGUGGAACUCUCCCCGAUGGUGAUAUAAUCCGCAAUGCUCUCAAACUUUCCCACAACCAGGCCCGGUGCGUCGUGACGGGGAAUCAGGACAUAAACGCACAAGGCGGGGGACAGAAUGAGCACAUCAACUGGAUUUAUCCGCCGAUUUGGGUGGGAGGGCAUGUCGGUCCUCAAUCAGAGAAGCUGUUGGAUUGGACGCAACAAGGCUUCAGGAAUGAGCACAAUCUGAUAGCGCUGUGUGACGAGAUGUACAGGGAUUUCCAGAAAAAUACACUUGCCAUCGAUCUGGACAAUGAUCCAGAGUUUCGCGGAGGGAAAAUCCGCACCUUUAGCCCCGCUCUGGGGAACAGAGGACUACCAGAAUCGCCACGAGUGCCUAUUGAGGACGAAAUGACCCGCGGAUUCCUCCGCGUCCAUUUUCAGCAUUGCCUGUUCGUCAAUAUUUUUGGUGGCGACGUGCAAUACGACGCGGAGUGGAACGACAAUCAAGUCGAACUCAUGAAGACCGAAUUGGCACGCUUUAGAGCGAGUACCGGCAAAGAGUUCCCCGAGAGCGGGAAAUGGAUCGGAGCAUUGGGUGAUGCCAUCAAGGAAUGGGAGUUGGAGUGGUCUUUGGUCGAAGAUGAAUCUGAAUAA